UGUGAAAAAGGUCGUUCUUUCAUAGAAUUGCCAUCACGAGAUGUAAAAAAACGUACGAAUUUCGAUUUGUUCUUACGGGUUAUAGGCAAAUAUAACAAUUCAAAGGAAAUCAACCAAUUUUUCAUCAGUUUUUUUAUUUAAGAAACCAAGUUUUGAGAUUGCUUAUGUCAGUUCCUUCACUCAUCCUCCAUGCUUGAUCUUAUCAUGCUACUUUGAGCAAAAAUUCUGUAUGACUUUCGUUUCAGUUUGUGCCCAAACAAGAAGAGUUAGUUUAGUUAACCAAUUAAAGGAGAAGUGCUACAGAAAAGGAUCUUUACAAAGAAUUUUAGCAAGAAAAUAAAUGAAAAAGUAAAUAUUGAGACAACAAAGCAAAAAUAAUGGCAGAUACACAUGAGUUGACUGAGCUUAUGAUGUCCUUGUGCGAAAAUUCAGCCUUACAGACUGAUUUUGGAAUUCAAAUGCAUCGUUUGGUUAAAAAAGGAGCUGAUGUAAACAGGAAAACUAUUGGAGGUCGCACCCCACUCAUGAUUGUCUGCUGGAAAAAUAGAAGAGAGAAUGUUGUGGAAGUCGUCAAUAUUUUAUUGUCCUAUGGUGCAGAUGUAAAAAAAACAGACGAUUUCGGGUGGAAUGCAUUGCAAUUUGCUUGUCGGUAUAACUGUACACCACAAUUGCCAUCAAUUAUUGAUGUGUUAUUAAAACAUGGAAUUGACGUGAACGCGAAAACCACAAACAAAUGGAAUUGCCUCCAUCAACUUUGCAAAUAUAAUUCUGGAGAAAAACUUUAUCAAGUUAUUGCAAGUUUAAUAAGACAUACUAUAAAUGUUAAUGCUCAGACCAGCAAAAAAGACACGGCUCUGCAUUUACUUACCCGUUAUUGUCGACGAGAUUUUAGUGCAAUUUUUCAAUUGCUGAUAAAUGCCGGAGCUCGAGUCGAUUUGGUCUCGUCCAAUGAUAAAACAUUGCUGCAUGUUUUAUGUAAAUAUGCUGUCGGACUGGAUUUGAUUGGUGUCAUGAAUAACUUGAUUAACUCUUGUCAAACCAUGGUUGAUUGUUUCGAUUACUAUAAAGCAACAGCAAUAGUCUAUGCUGCCAGACUAGGUUGUGCGAAAACCGUUAGCUUCCUUUUGCCAUAUUCGCAUCAUAACGUAAUUGAUAUAUUUGGGCAAAACGUUAUCGAUCAUUUAAACGAUGUUUUAUCAAACUCUUUUCCCUUAUGCAUUUGCUGUCGAAGAAUGGAUUCCUUCCUUCCACCGGAACUACUUGAAAAAUUGAGUACAAAGAAGCCAUUUCAUGCAAAAUUGAGUGGUAUUGAUAGAGAUGCGUUAGAGAGAGCAAUACCAAGGCGCAUCGAUUACGGGUUUACUAACACAAACCGAGAAACUAUUAUUCAGCUACCUUCUGGAAACGCUUGGAAUAUUAUCAAAGAUGUAUGGACGACAGAUUCCGAUCUUGAUACAACCAAAAUUCUACAAUUUUUGUCUAAACACGCUCAUCAAAUGGACGAUAAGCUCGGCAAAGUUGGUUGUUCUCAAAAUCACUGUCAUUGGUGUGCUGCCACAAAUGCAGUUUGCGAGUAUGUCAACCAAUUAGUGAUCACCGUUGCCCAUUUGGAUAACCGAUUUCAAGGCGAAAUAAUUCAGUAUGGAAGUUCUGCCGAAAACUCAAAAAUUAUUGCACCGGACGAAUUCGAUUUCAUGGUAGUAUUGGCUAAUUUCAAAGAAGACGAAAGAAAAUACUACGACGGAAAAUACGUUGUUCUUUAUGAUGGUGAUGAAUCGUCGUCAAUUUUUGAAAACGAGCAAGACGGAAGUACAUCUUCAGCGAAAUUAUUGUAUUAUUUUUACUUGCUCUUAGCGGAUGCUGUGAACCGGAUAAAUCAUCUCAACGUUUUAUUCCACAAUAUAAGUUUUUCAGAAACUUGCGUUACGUUAGACUGCUUCUAUAGAGGAAAGGAAGUCAUUCACCCAGGGCAAUACGUUUUUAAAUUAAGCAUUGACAUAACUGUUGGAGUAAUUGGUUCACAAACCAAUACAGUUCCUCUGCCUUUGCCUUCAUCAUUUCGCCUAGUAAAUAGCUCUAAUAAGGAUGAUAAGUACUUCUUGGUACCACACCGACAAGUUGCUGGAAGUGAAAUCAGCGGCUGGAAACCGUCUUUUCCUACAGUGGAACGCAAUGCAUUUCACGCAUUUGAUCCCGUAGUCACUCGCUGUUAUUGCCUUUUGAAAUUAUUUGUUUUACUUGUUUCGCAUAUUGACGAAUGUUUUGGGAAAACAAAACCUUCGUCGUAUGCAAUUAAAACAUGUUUAUUCAAUUACGUAAAAAAAAAUCCUCCACCUUGGGAAAAACGAUGUAUAGUGAAACAUUGCAUAGGAAUUUGCACAGAAUUUCUUGAUACAAAGGAAAAAAUCAAUUCUUUUUUUGAAAAAUCUCUCACAGUUUACGUGAUUAAAUAUGAAAGUAGAUAUGUUAUGAACAAAAUCAGAGAUCGACUAAAGUCGGCACAAGAAUCAUCUUGUAUUUCAUCAAAUAUUUGUUCAUGCAAAGGACUCAAUAUUUCUAAUUGUAUUUUAUGUUGAUUAUUAUUAUUUUGAAAAUCACGUUUGUUAUAAAGCACGAUAUUUAAAUCCAGAUUUUUCUUCAAUUAAUGUUUAAAAUACACCAUCAAA